AUGUCCUUAUUCCGAAUCAGUGAAUGGUAUACGAAUCUCUAUCCUGCUGCUUCAUGCAUUGCUGUUGGAAAUUUGGUAGAAAACAGAGAUCAGCUGAUUAUUGGCGGCGAGGAUGGAUUACUGAUUGUGCUUGAUCCGGGCGGUGCUGAAAAGGAUCCAGUCAUGCUUGAGCAGCAAACCGGAAAACCUAUUAUUGACAUUUUGAUAGGCGAAUUUCUACCCUCUAUUGGACCGAUUUUGGCAGUUUUGUCUCCUCGAGCGCUUUCAUAUUUUCGGCUCAGCUACGAUGCAGCAGAUGCGUCAAGAACAAAGCUGGAAGCAAUGUUCACGCAUGAGAUUGCUGAACAUGCCUACAAUAUGUGCACUAUUCCUUCUCCUACAACUCUACAGAUUUUAAUACAGUCUGUAGGAUGUGUUCUCACGCUAUAUCAAGGUGAAUACCUCACAAUAUGCUAGCA